GCUGAGCACUGUCUCGUGAUGGCGAAACACUUUCUCCGCCACAAUGGCUGCCCUACUCAUAACGACAUCGAGACCAAUCUUUUUCCAUUUUUGUCCCAGGAGUUUCUAGAGGGACGAACCAUCGUCCCAGCUUCUCUCUCUCUCUCUCUCUCUCCCUCUCCCAACAAUGACGCUUCCGACCCCAAACCCCUUCCUUUGACCGACGACAAAGUCCAUCACUCUCUCUCUCUCAGACACACACACAUAUUGAAAUGUAUUUAUAGCGGUAGUAUAUAUACGAUGUCUUCCGUGGAGUUACAGAAAACUUCGAAAACAGCUGACUAAACGGAAGAUAGAAAACUGGGCAAAAUGGAUUCAGGCGAGGUUAAGAAGGAAAACGGAGAAACCGUUGAGAAGAAGAAUGAGAAAAUUGCUAUUAGGAAGAGGAGGAGUUCGUUGAUUCCGAAGUUCGGAUGCUUCAGAUCGGACGACUACGAUGUUCCGACCGUCGAGAGACCGGACGGCCGCGGCAACCUCGUUAUGGAGUCGGUUUCGGCCGGAGAGAAUCGCUCCCCGACUCACCUCGUUAUUAUGGUUAACGGACUCAUUGGCAGUGCUCAGGAUUGGAGAUAUGCUGCAAAACAAUUGAUUAAGAGGUAUCCUCAAGACGUUAUUGUUCAUUGUAGUGAAACCAACUAUUCGACCUUGACAUUUCAUGGGGUUGAUGUAACUGGAAACAGGUUGGCAGAUGAGGUUAUAGCUGUUAUAGAGCGCCAUCCAUACGUUAAAAAGAUAUCUAUUGUAGGUCAUUCACUUGGCGGCCUGAUAGCAAGAUACGCUAUUGCUAAGCUAUAUGAUAGAGUGAUCACACACACAACUUCUCAACAAAUUGGAGAAUGUAAAAGUGAAGAAUCUAAAGAUUCAUUGCCAGAAGAGAAAUUUAAAGGCAAAAUUGCUGGACUGGAACCCAUGAAUUUUAUAACCUUUGCAACACCUCAUCUUGGUUCAAGGGGCCAUAAACAGGCCCCAGCAUUUUGUGGCAUUUACACCCUAGAGAAGGUAGUUUCUCGUGCAUCGUGGUUUUUUGGAAGAUCUGGGAACCAUUUAUUCUUAAGAGACGGUGGUAAAGAAAAACUUCCACUUCUAGUUCAGAUGGCGAACGAUAGUGAUGGUCUACCAUUCAUAUCUGCUUUACAGUCCUUCAGGCGUCGUGUCGCCUACGCUAAUGCACGUUUUGACCAUCUUGUUGGAUGGAGUACAUCAUCAUUGCGGCGUCAAAGUGAGCUUCCCAAGCGGAAAAGUCUUUCAAGAAGUGACAAAUACCCGCAUAUCAUAAAUGUGGAGGAGGCAAAAGCAGCAAACACUGGAGAAGAAAUGUCUUUAGAGGCCCAAGUCAAUAGAUGCAAGACCAUUAGCAUGGAAGAGGCAAUGAUCAGCGGUCUCACAAAAGUGAGCUGGGAAAGGGUUGACGUCGACUUCCGUGGAACUAAACAAAGGUUUUUAGCACACACUACUAUUCAGGUUAAAAGCUCCUGCAUGAAUUCUGAUGGAGCUGAUGUUAUACAACACAUGGUCGACAAUUUUCUCUUGUAGAAAUGAGUAUUCGCCAAAUUAAUCCACCAUUCUUUUUCCUUCUUUUCUUUCCUUAAAAGAGAAAUUGUAAAUGCAUGACCGCCGGCGCCCAUCCAUAUAGGGCUUCAGAGGCAAUGUUGAUGGUUGCCUCGGCGUCGUCAUUAGAUUAAUCAUAGUUACAUAGAUUUGUAAAAGUUCCAGGGGCAAUGGUUGUGUAAUUUUCCCUGUUGUAGAGAGUCAAAAUCAGAUCACAUAGGGGUGUUAAUUAGGGUUGAAAGUGCCAAGCUAGAGGUAUACGUAAAGUGUAAAAUCAAGCUGCAAAAUGCUUGUUAACUGUUGUGUUAAUGUUUGCCUAUGUUCUCUUUUCCUGAAGGAAAAUGAUUUUUUCAACCCCA